AUGCGAUGUCCCCUUAACGACACCUUGGCUGCUCAGAAGGAAUUGCUUGGACAUAAUACGUCAGUAUUCGCAAGACGAUACGCCUACCUCAAGAAACAACGAAAUGAGGAAAAUCUUCGCAACUACACCGGAUUGGUCAAUCAGCGCCAUGCCAUGGCUGAGUUUGACGACGUCACACCUGAGCAGAUGAAAUGUCUCGUAUGGAUAUGUGGACUUGUCGCCCCACAGGAUGCCGAUGUUCGUGUUCGUGCCCUUCGCAAGAUAGAGGUCAACUCUCAAACUAUGCUAAAAGAGCUUGCCGCCAAAGUUCAGCACUUUCUCAGGAUUCGUCAGGAUGCCGCACUCCUCGAUCGACCAAGUCUACCGCACUUCAACGUCGUGAAAAGUCGAAAUCAAGAGAUGCCACGACUGCAGACGCUCUGGACACAAGCGAGGAUUCUGAAAAAUUUCCUGGAGAAGAAGAAGCGGAAAUCUGCCAACACCAUCGCUAUCGCUUCGACUCAUGGCAACGUCGCUGUAAACCGCAUCUACAGUAGAAUACAGAUUGGUGGGAAGAAAGUACGCAUGCUUCUUGACACUGCAGCAGACGUAAAAUUGCUGAGCACACCAGACUGGACCGCCAUGGGCCGAGCGAAGCUGUAA